GGCACGAGGCAGUGGCGGCAGCAGCAGCGCGGGCGGGCAGCGGCAUGUCCUGAGGCGAGCGAGCGGGCGGCGGCGCGGAGCCGGGCCCCACCACGGAGGGGUCGGUGGAGCAGCGGGCCAAGGGCCGGGCCCCCAUGAAGGAGAAGGAGGCGGGGGUGGAGCGGGGCAAGCCCGCCACUUACACCGGGGACAAGAAGGCGCGCAUGGCGGCCAAGACCAACAAGAAGUGGGUGCGCCUGGCCACCGUGCUGGCCUACGUCCUCUCCGUUUCGCUGGCCGCCAUCGUCCUCGCCGUCUACUACAGCCUCAUCUGGCAGCCGGUGCGCGGCGGCGGCGGCGGCUCCGGUCCCGGCCCCGCCGCCGCCACCACCUCGCAGCCCCGCGCCGCGCCGCCGCCGGGCCCCGCGGCCAGCCAGCCGCCCGCCGGACCCACGCAGGAGGCUCCGCCAGCGCCGCCGCGGACGGGCCCCGACCCCGGCCUCGUCGAGACGGACCGCCCGGACGCCUCGCCGCCGCCCGGGGCCGAGGCGGGCGCCGCCGCGCCGCGCCGGGUGCGCGGGAGUCGCUGAGGCGGCCGUCAGCGCUCACCCCCGGCCGGGUGGGAAGACGGGCCCGGCGGACUGCGAGGGGCGGCCGGCGGAGGAUGGAGGCCGGCGGCGGCGCGGCUGCCCGAGGUGGGAUCGCUCGCUCGCCCCUGCGCGCCGGCCGCGCUCGGCGCUGGGGAGGCGGCACCGCGACCCCCGGCGCGGACGAGCCCCGAAGAGCUGAGGCUGGAGACUGACCCGGCCCGGGGGGCGGCGGGGGAAGGAACUGUUUUUACUGGGUAGAACUGCGGUAUCUUUUCCCUUUCCCCCCCCCGUUUUUCCUCAGAAGGGAAUUUUGUGGCUUCGUUUUUUUCCUCACCAGGGCUAGCUUCUCUCUUUGAACCCGCAUUGAAUUCCUGCGCUAUUUAUGCCAGUCUGUUACCUAUAAAGGGAUACCGGUGUCCAAAAUUCCUCACUAUUUACAGGAUCAGCUGGGAACAAUAUGAAUUUAGAGGCUGUAAUCCAUUGUUUAAGUAACAACAGUUUUGUUUAACAAUGAGCAUAAACUUAUUUAAAAACAUGUGAAAGGUAAAUUGACUUGUUUACUAUAUUAAAAUAUUUUCCCAAU